CUAACGAAGUACUCUGAGGCCAUCGCCAUCUAGUCGUACAUACGUCCUCCACACACGCCAACUUAGACCAGCUACCCGCUGCCCUCGACCACGUCCUCGACCCGCAUGCGCCCUCUGCUUAGAUGAUUGACUCUCUGACAGCGAAUCCUGCGACCGCCCCCGUCCUCGAGCAUCCCCUCCUCCUCACCUCCGCCCUGACCAACCCUGUGUAAACAACACCUCAAUCGCCCACGAACGCCUCGGACCGGCCGUUGCAACUGCGCUGACUGCCUACUUCCCCGGCGGUGGCCGCCCGCCUUCCAUCUUCAAGAGGCCAGGAGAGACCGGCAAGAUGGCUUCUGGAGCGGGUGCAGGAGGCUUGUUCAGCCGGAGCAGCUCGGGCAAUGUCCCGACUAUGCGUGGCCUGGUCUCAUUCAUUGCCGAUUUGCGGAAUGCGCGAGCGCGAGAGCUGGAGGAGAAGAGGAUUAAUAAGGAAUUGGCAAACAUACGGCAAAAGUUCAGAGAUGGCAAUUUGAACGGUUACUCCAAAAAGAAAUACGUCUGCAAGCUUUUGUACAUAUACAUCCUUGGGUGGAAUGUUGAUUUCGGACACCUCGAAGCGGUCAACCUCAUUUCAGCGACAAAAUAUUCGGAAAAGCAGAUUGGAUAUCUCGCAGUCACUUUGUUCCUACACGAGGAGCACGAGCUCUUACACCUGGUUGUCAAUAGCAUAAGGAAGGAUUUGCUGGAUCAUAAUGAGUUGAACAAUUGCUUGGCAUUGCAUGCGAUUGCCAACGUUGGUGGCAAGGAAAUGGGAGAGGCCCUGAGUCAGGAUGUUCAUCGUCUACUCAUCUCGCCGGCUUCCAAGGCGUUUGUGAAGAAGAAGGCGGCCUUGACCCUCUUGAGGCUGUACCGGAAGUUCCCAGGGAUUGUGCAACAGGAAUGGGCGGAACGAAUAAUAUCUCUCAUGGACGAUUCGGACAUGGGAGUUGCGCUCUCAGUAACUUCUCUGGUCAUGGCUCUUGUCCAAGAGAACCCGGAACAGUACAAAGGAAGCUACGUCAAGGCUGCUCGACGAUUAAAGAAGAUCGUUGUCGAUAAUGACUGUGCGGAAGGCUAUUUCUAUUACAAAGUGCCUUGCCCGUGGAUCCAAGUCAAGCUGUUGAAACUUCUCCAAUAUUAUCCUCCGCCCGAGGACACGCAUAUUCGAAAUCUAAUCAGGGAAUCACUACAGCGUAUAAUGGACUCGGCUAUGGAAAUGCCGAAGAACGUGCAACAGAACAACGCUCAGAAUGCUGUGCUGUUCGAAGCCAUCAAUCUGGUUAUCCACCUCGACACCGAACAGGAUCUAAUGGUACAGAUCUCAACGCGACUUGGAAAGUUUAUUGCGUCCCGCGAAACUAACGUUCGAUACCUCGGGCUCGAGGCCAUGACACAUCUUGCAGCUCGAUCAGAAACUCUAGACCCCAUCAAGAAACACCAAAGCAUCAUCAUCGGAUCUCUGAGGGACAGGGAUAUCAGUGUCCGAAGGCAAGGUCUCGAUCUGCUUUACAGCAUGUGCGACCCUACGAAUUCUCAGGCUAUCGUCUCGGAGCUACUGAAAUACCUUCAAACCGCCGAUUACGCGAUACGAGAAGAGAUGGUGCUGAAGAUUGCUAUUCUAACGGAGAAGUACGCCACAGACAUACAGUGGUAUGUGGACAUAUCUUUGAGGUUGAUUGCAAUGGCCGGCGACCAUGUCAGCGAUGAGGUGUGGCAGAGAGUCAUCCAAAUCGUGACAAACAACGAAGAGCUACAAGUCUACGCAGCUCAAAAUAUUCUGCAAUACAUUAAGUCCGAUUGCCACGAAACUUUGGUAAAAAUUGGCGGAUAUUUACUUGGAGAAUUCGGCCAUUUGAUUGCAGACACCAAGGGGUGCAGUCCUAUUGAGCAAUUCAUGGCGCUACAUGGCAAAAUGCGAAGCUGCUCUGGGAGCACAAGGGCGAUUUUGUUGUCGUCGUUCAUCAAGUUUGUCAAUUUGUUCCCGGAAAUUAAACCUCAACUACUACAAGCUUUCCGGGCUUUCAGUCACUCCUUGGACUCGGAGCUACAGCAAAGAGCCUGCGAAUACCUAGCUUUAGCUUCUCUGCCAACAGAUGACUUGUUACGAACGGUCUGCGACGAAAUGCCUCCCUUCCCAGAACGCGCCUCGGCCCUGCUAUCCCGUUUACACCAGAAGCAUUCAACGACCAGCGACAAGCGGACCUGGGUAGUUGGAGGACGAGAUGCCAAUGCGGAUCCAAAGGAAUUUAACCUCGUCCAGAAUACUGGAUUGAAGAGAAGCUUCACAAACGCGGCACCUCUCCGAAAGGACAGCAAAUCGGCCGCACCAAAUGGAUCAAAUGGGACCAAUGGGACGACACUGUCUAGAACUACAAGCGAUCUAGCAGGUCUCGAUAUGAACAUCGACACCAACAAAGUCCUCAAAGCCCCUAAUCUCGCCAGCGCUGCCCAUCUCAGCCCAGACUGGGAGAUUGGCUACAACCGUCUACUCCUUCGGCCCGAAGGUGUGCUUUACGAAGAUGCGCAGAUUCAAAUUGGCCUGCGGACCGAAUAUCGCGGUGAACUUGGUUGCGUAAUUCUCUACUUCACGAACAAGUCCUCCUUCCCUAUGGGCUCAUUCACGACAACGCUGGACAAUCCAUCUGUUGAAACUCUUAAGACGGAUAUCAAGGGCCUCCCGGACACGGUCAUCCCACCCGAGGGCCAGACGCAGCAAAUGAUCAUGUUCGAAUCUAAGAAUGUCUUCACCGAAGCUCCUACCAUCCGAAUAUCUUAUCUCGCCGGCGCGCUGCAAGCCUUGACUCUCAAGCUCCCUGUCGUAUUGCACAAGUACAUGGACGCGGCUGAGCUAUCUGGCGACGACUUCUUCAAGCGCUGGAAACAGAUUGGUGGUGCACCACGCGAGGCACAAGGUGUCUUCGGGCUAGCUGUCAAAGGGCGUACGACUAGCAUGGAGUGGACGCGGAAAGUGGUUGCGGGUUUCAAGUGGGGAAUUCUAGAUGGCGUAGACCCGAACAGCAGAAACAUCGUCGGUGCUACGGUGCUGCAUACGAAAGAGGGCAAAUUUGGAUGCUUGCUUCGCUUGGAGCCAAAUUUCGAGACUAUGAUGUACCGCAUCACCGUCCGCGCCACGGACGAAUCGGUCCCGCCCAUACUCAUGAAGAUCAUGGAGGAGCGGCUCGCGCAAGGCAUGGAGGGCUAGAUAUGCGGGAGGCAACAUGUUGAGACAUGCGAAAUGGCGGGCAUUUUAUUAGCUGUAUGUAAUAGGGCUCAGUGCAAGGGGAUGGCACUCUUCUUGUUCUUGGUCGUGGACCCUUUUUCUCGUUGCGAAGUUUGUUGCAUUUUCUGGACUUGGGCAGGGCAACAUUGCAGAGAAAUGUUUAUUUGAUCGACGAAGAGCGAGAGAGCACAUAUCGAGAGCGGCGAUGAGUGGAUGCGGAUACCAAAUGUGAAUACGCUUGAGGUUAUCCAGUUCGGGUCUUAAUCGGAAAAAUGCCUGCUUUUAUGUGCGAACCUGC